AUGGCUAGAUCGACCACUUUUCUGAUUGACUUUUUGAAAUAUGACAUUGUGUGGGAAGUCCUCGUGGGAAUUGUGAUGCUUACAGUGCUGGCGCUUUUAAUUACGAGUUUCUUCAAAAUACGGGAAACCCAAAAAGCACCUAGGCGCGGAUUCAUGUGUUUGAAGUUUGCUCUCUUCUCAACAUUUGUGGGUACCCUUCUCAUAUGGAUCUACCGGUUGUUGUACAUCCUUAAGUACCUCAGUGUCUUGAAUGCCUCGCAACGCGGCGAUCGUUCGGCUGAAACAGGACGUCGUCUCACGGACUGGGCAUUUUUCUUCGUGCGGAUAGGCUGGAUUUUCAUCUUUGCUACCAUUGCCGGCGUCGGUCUUGGUAUUCUAUAUUCUUGGCAAGAUUGUCACAAGCUUCGUGGCAUCGUUCAGUGGGUCACGUACGGGUUUGUGUCUGUGGCAAUGAUAUUCGACCUGGUGGUUCUUGGGACAUAUGAAUCUAACACGACCGAUUACUACGAGCAACUUCGAGGCGACCGAAGCAACUUCUCGUCAGUCGGUGGCAAUGAAAUACCGCAAUUCCAGGAAGUGUCAAUUGCCUUCGACUUUCUUCUAUGGGUCUCUGCUUUGGCUGCGACUGGAUUCUCGGUUGCCGUUCUCCUACGGGCUCGAAAGAUAGGACAGCACUGGCAGAAUGCAAUUUUGCUCCUGAUUGCAUCAAUCAUGUUCCUCAUCUGUACCACUUGGGGCAUAGCUUCUGAUAUACUUUGGGCGAUUCCUCGCAACGUAAGCCAGCCUACUUGGACAACGGUGCUGUCCUCUAUUCUGUAUUAUGUACCUCCGUGCAUCGCUUUGGCUCUGUUAUUCGCCAUUGGCAGUCGGAACCACGGCGGUCUUUGGUCGACAACAUCCUCUCAACAUGGGCACAAGAGUUUUCAAUGA